CACGGCAAGUAAUUCCAACCGAAGCUCGCCUGCUAGUUCUCCUCUCCAACGUCGGCAUUCCCUUUCCCCCGCGCCACAGACCAGCGAAGGAGAAACCAUGGUGGAGAAAGAUCAUUCAUCAGACAAAUCUCCUUCGACCCCAGAACCCGGAAUCCAACGGAGCGGUUCUGGCCAGUCUGGACGUGGCGGGGGAAAAAAUUCAAAGAAAAGCCAGAGCUGGUAUAACGUACUGAGUCCAACGUACAAGCAAAGGAAUGAGGAUUUUCGGAAGAUCUUUAAGCACCUUCCGGAUACGGAGCGCCUGAUUGUAGAUUACUCCUGCGCACUUCAACGAGAUAUCUUACUUCAGGGUCGCCUUUACCUAUCCGAGAACUGGGUUUGCUUCUACAGUAACAUCUUCCGCUGGGAGACGGUGCUCACGGUCCGACUGAAAGACAUCUGCUCGAUGACCAAGGAGAAAACGGCCCGGCUCAUUCCGAACGCCAUCCAGCUCUGCACUGAAACGGAGAAGCACUUUUUCUCAUCUUUCGGAGCUCGUGAUAGAACAUACAUGAUGAUGUUCCGGCUUUGGCAGAAUGCUUUGCUUGAAAAGCCGUUGUGUCCCAAGGAGCUGUGGCACUUUGUCCAUCAAUGCUACGGCAGUGAGCUGGGACUCACGAGUGACGACGAGGAUUACGUGCAUCCGGAUGAUGACUUCAACACCAUGGGAUACUGCGAAGAAAUUCCAGUUGAGGAUGUGGAAGUCAACGGCACCGCGAGAAGCAGCAGCAGCGGCAGCGAGGUGAGACCCGACACCGAUGCCCUGCCGCAAGAUCCGGUGCCCUGCUGCAGCUCCAGUCCGCAGACUGUCCGGAGUAAGGUCCCCCCGUCCGUAUCCGUCGUCCAGCAGGUGAACGAAGGUAUGGCUGACGACGUAGAUAUGUCCUUAGACAGAGAGAUUGUGGUUGAGGAUGAGCAGCAAAUCGAACUCUCUCCUCCUGUUGCGUCUCCAUCUUUGGACUUAAGCGACAACCAGGACCUUCCCACAGAGCUCAGCGACUCUUCGGAGACCCACGAUGAAGGUGAAGUUCAUCCAUUCUAUGAGGACCUGAGCGGGCGCCAGUACGUCAACGAGGUGUUCUGCUUCAACGUGGACAAACUUUUCGACCUCUUGUUCAGCGAAUCGCCAUUCCUGAGGGAUUUCAUGGAGCAGAGGCGGUUUUCAGAUCUAAAAUAUCAGCCUUGGAAGAACGAGGUCGACGGCAAUAAGACGAGAACCAUCACGUACACCAUCCAGCUCAACAAUCCCCUGGCACCUAAAUUUGCCGCAGUCGAUGAGACCCAGACUAUGUACAAGGCGUGCCAGAAGGGCGAAUGCUACGUGGUUGAUGCCGUAAUCCUGACGCGUGACGUCCCGUACCACGACUAUUUCUAUUCUGUCAAUCGGUACAUGCUGACAAGAGUGGCCAAAAACAAGUCCCGACUCAGGAUCUCAACAGAGCUUCACUAUCGGAAGCACCCUUGGGGCCUUGUCAAGACCUUCAUUGAGAAGAACUUUUGGAGUAGCCUGGAUGAAUACUUCCAACACUUGGUCAACGAACUCACCAAAUUAAGUGAGCUAUCUCUCAAUGACAAGCCCAUCAAGGUCUCGGCCGCUCGCCGCAGGAAGCGUCCUCACGUGAGACAUGUCCACGAACCCGCGAGCCCGGUGACCACCCCGACCGAUGAGGAGAACCCCAAUAACACCAGACAUGUAGCAGGCUCCACUCAGACGCGACACGUCCCUGAGGAGAAGAACAUCGAGCUGCAGCGUUUCUCCACGCUCCUCAGGUUCAUCAGCUGCGCUGUGUUAUUGCUCGUGUUCGUGAAUACGUUUCUGUGCUACAGGCUUUGGAUGUUAGAACACAGCACCAAGUCCAUUACUGCCUGGCACCCUGAAAGCUGCAUGACCCAGACUCAAUCCGAAUGGGCGCAAAUAUUAGAAUCGCAGCAGAGAAGCCACAACACCAAGCUUCAGGAGUUCAGGGAAAUGAUACGGGGGUCUCUUAUUCUUCUAGAGCAGAUGAAAUAUUCUUUGUUGAGCCUACAAAAUGGAGUAACACCUCGAGACCUUUUCUCAGAAAAAGAACAGGAGAAAAGCAAAGACGGCUCCUAGGCUGGAUGCCAGAAGAAUAGAGUGUUUUGUAACUAUGUAAAUAGACCUGUACAUGGUCAUAGGUGUGUGUGUGUGUAUAUAUGUAUCAUACGAACUCAAAUUUAUUUUCAAUAAUUUUAAGAGAAUGCAUCUUUUGGGAGGGAUGUUCUGCGGAGAGACGCCAGAGACGUGUUCUUUAGAUGGCGCUGGAAUAUCACAUUUCCAUUCUGAAGAAAGAAACAUGCAGCUCCUCCUCUAGAUGAGGGAUCUUUCUCGAUCCAAGUGUAUAAAUCUGCCCCAUCGUUCUACCUCCGACGUCGGCAAACCUUGCUGAUGUCUGCCCUACGCUGCCCAUGCGCCA